AUGACACGAAAAGAUCAUCAUGUGGUCGCCAACGAUUCGAUGUGGCAUUGCGCGUCGCCGAGCACGACGUCGAGCUCAGCGGCCAAGUCGGACAAUCAAAAUUGGCAACACGUCAAAGUGAGGCCCGUCGCCGAUGAGAACGACGUCGAGCAGACGAGAAUGUCGGUCGGCAGCUCAUUCGUCGAGCAUCACCUAACACGCGAGCAACUCAAAGACGUCUAUCCCGAUUCGUUCAUCCAUCCCGAAUUUGCCGAUCGAAGCGACGGAUUGCAUUCAGAAGAGGCCAAAAAACGCCUCAAAGACGGCGGCCUGAAUCACAUCGAUCCGCCGCGAGAGGGCAGCGUGUUCGCGUUCCUCGUCUCGCAAUUCCAUUUCAAAUUCUGGGUGCUUCUCAUCGGCGCCUCGAUUCUCUCGAUUAUGACAUAUUUCAUUCAUAUGGCGCGCGGGUUCAACGAGCCGCUCAACAUCGUGUGCGCCGCGAUUCUCCUAUGCGUCGUCUACAUCAUGUGCACGCUGAGCUAUUGGCAGCAGUCGAAGGCGAAAAAAGUGGUGCGCCAGAAUCGACAAAUGAUGCCGGCGAUGGCGGUGGUGAUACGCGAUUGCGAGGAGCAGGAGGUCAAAGCCGAUGAGCUCGUUGUUGGCGACCUGGUGCUGUUGCGAGCCGGCUACACCGUUCCGGCUGAUAUGCGACUAUUGCAGGCGAAUUCGUUGCUCAUUGGAAGCGGGGAAGUCACAGGCCAUCGAACUGUAAAAGAGUACCACGCGGAGGCGGUCAGCCAAGAAACAUCGGUGUUCGACGCCUGCAAUGUCGCAUUUAUGGGCUCGUAUUGCACCGAAGGCGAAGGCAUCGGCCUAGUGAUUCGAACCGGCAAAUAUACGGUGAUGGGCGCAAUUGCCCGAUUGCACCAUCACAUUCCGCCGCCAAGCGGAAAAUUGCAUCGCGAGCUUCACAACUUCUCAACAUUCAUCCUAUGUGUGGCAAUCACGAUGGCGACACUCGUCUUCCUCAUCGGCUGCAUUGUAGCAAGAUUCGAGAACAUCCUCGACCAUUUCAUCGUCGGCUUCGUCGUCAUCAUCGUGGCGAAUGUGCCGCAAGGCCUACCGGCGACCGUCAUGUCGCAAUUGAGGAUCAUCGCGAGGCGAAUGGCGCAAAAGAAUAUUCACAUCAAGAAAUUGGAGUUGAUCGACGAGCUCGGCGCCGCCACCGUGAUUUGCGCCGACAAAUCGGGCACGCUGACGAAAAACAAAAUGGUCGUGUCGGACUUGUGGUUCAAUUCGCGUCUCGUCACCGGCGCCGCCGUCGACAUGAAGCAUCCGCAUUUGAGGGCGAUGAAGUCGUCGAUGAAGUCGCCCGAGCGACUCGAGGAGCCGCUUCCCGACAUUCUCACCGUGAUGUCGGUGUGCAACAACGCGCAAUUCGAGAAUGUUCGCCGCAACAUGCGGCGAGUUUCAACCAUGCGCGAAUUGCAAAAGAGCGCUUCCGAGGCGAUGCUCAGCGCGCACAUGAAGAAGAAGUUCACCGUCGUCGACACACGAACCGGUCAGGUGUCGGAAACCGGCUGCGGACGCGAAAACUCGAGCCAACUCUCAUUGUCGACGAUCAACGAGGAGGGCCGCCAUCGGAAGUCGCGCAAAAACGAGAUUUUCGGCGUUCCGUCCGACGUGGCCCUCAUACAGUACGUCGAGUUGAGCGUCAGCGUCGAGCGGAUCCGCAAAGGCUAUCAGACAGUCUACGAGGUUCCGUUCAACUCGGUCCGUCGAUGUCAGAUCGUCGUGUCGAGGGUUGUCGAGGAGGAUUUGCCGCAAACCGCCGAGAAGCUCACGCCGCCAGGAGAGAAUGAAGCGCGAUUCGUCGUGUUCGCCAAAGGCGCUCCAGAAGUGAUACUCGGCAUGUGCUCGCGCGUCGUUCACGGCAAAGACAUUCGCGACAUCGACGACGACUAUCGAAAUGAGUGCCAGGCGGCUUGGGAGAUGCUGGGCAACGAGGGCCGUCGCGUCAUCGCGUUCGCGAAACGCCAUUUCAACGCCAACGAGAGCACGAGGUUCGGCAACAACGGAAAACACGACUAUCCGCGCGAUUUGGUGUUCCUCGGCAUGGCGGCCAUCAUGGACCCACCAAGGCCUGAAACCUCGGCAGCCAUCGAGCAGUGCAAAAUCGCCGGCGUCAAGGUCUUCAUGAUAACCGGCGACCAUCCAACAACAGCAUCAGCGAUCGCCCGCCAAAUCGGACUCAUCGGACCAUCACCACCGGUAGGAGAGGGCCCAUUGAAAUAA